UUAUUGUUAUUAAUGAUAUGUCAAGACGUCAGUUUUUUAGAUGAAAUAUGAAAUUGUUUCAGAUAGAAAGCUAAAAAGAAUGCAAACACAGAGAACAUGCAUACAUAAAAAAUAUCACCUACUUAUUAUUUUUGAUGGUGUAUGCUGGUAAUAAUAAUUAAUUUUUUGUCAGUGUUACUCAGUUUAUUGCUCUUGUUAUCAUACUUUUUCUACCUGGUUUGUAGAAUUUUUCGUAAUAUGGACCCAGAAGACGCUAAAUUCUUAAGAACGGAUCGACGUCCUGGCACUUUGGAUGUCCAUCCGACUCUUAAUGCCAUUGUUUUGAACUAUGAAUUGGAAGUCCAGAUACUUGGUGACAAUGAAAAUAUUAUUUACGGCGAGAAACAUAGUAUGAAGAAAAUUAUUGAAUUGCCAAUGUUAAAUACCAGGACAGAUUGUCAUGCUCUAGCAAGAGAAUUACUGUCACAAUGUGAUUUGAUUCAUCCAUCAAGAUUAGCAGAAGUUGAGCAGACUAUUUAUUAUUUGAAGAAAAGAAAAAAUGUUCAAAACACUAUUAAAGAUAUUAACAACGUUAUAAAAAAUUCCUCUGAAACUAAUGGAGCUAACAUCAAUAAUUUGAAUGAAUAUAUUGAACUACUAUAUGAAGAAUUACCAGAGAAAAUUAAAGCUGCAAGUUAUAUACUGCAAUUGGCUAAAGAUCCUGAAAAUUUAGAGUCUCUUUCAAAAAAUGAAACGAUAUUGAGUGCCUUGGCAAGAGUAUUACGGGAGGAUUGGAAACGCAGUAUUGUCUUGAGUACAAAUUUAAUAUUUACGUUUUUCUGCUUCUCUACAUACUCAUGUUUUCACCACGUUAUCCUAAGUUAUAAGAUUGGAUCUCUUUGCAUGGAAAUUAUUGAUUACGAAUUGAGAAGGUAUGAUGACUGGAAAGCUGUUACUGAAGGAGGUAAACCUCCCAGUGAACCUUCACUAAUUCGAAGAACUUGCCCUAGCAGCGCAAGUAUGACCGAAAUUCAUAAAAGUCGAAUUCCAGAACCUGUUAGACCAAAAUCAGGUCAUUUUGGCGAUAUUGCGAAAAGUGGUUUGGAGGGAAGUAUCUAUGAUGAUCUUUCAACCUCUACCGAUAAUUUAGAUGAUAAAAAACAACUAACAGAAGAAGAGAAAAUUAAAAGAUAUCGCACAUUAAUUCGAAAACAGGAACAAUUGCUACGAGUUGCAUUUUAUCUGCUCCUUAACAUAGCUGAAAAUGAGAAUGUCGAAGAAAAAAUGAGCAAAAAGAAUAUUAUCGGCCUUCUUGCUAAAGCUCUUGAUCGAGAAAACGAAGAAUUGUUGGUUCUUGUAGUUUCAUUUCUUAAAAAGUUAUCGGUAAUGAAUAAUAAUGUCUACCAAAUGUCCGAACUACACGUACUAGAAAAACUAGCGAAACUUCUGAAAAGUAAUAAUUCAGAUUUAAUCCAUCUUAUUUUGAAAUUACUUUUCAAUUUGUCUUUCGAUGGCGAAUUACGUGCACAGAUGGUGUCGUUGGGUUUCUUACCAAAGUUUGUCAGUUUGUUAACUGAUGAUAAGCAACAAGAAACAGUAAUGAAAUUGUUAUAUCACCUAAGUUAUGAUAAUGAUGUCAAAACACAAUUUGCUUACACAGAUUGUGUUUCUUUGAUAUUUGACAUGCUUGAGCUGAGCGUUACUGAAGAAGUUGAUCAAGUAAUGUUAGCUCUUUGUAUAAAUUUAUCAAUGAAUCCGCAAAACGCUCAAUUAAUGGUUGACAAUAAUGGUCUCCAGUCGCUUAUGACGAGAGCAUUUCGAUAUCAAGAUGCUCUUUUAAUGAAAAUGAUACGUAACAUUUCUGAACACGAAUCUCUAAAGCCCAAUUUUAUUGAAUUCGUUGGCGAUCUUGCUAAAGCAGUUAUUGAGUCAAAGAAGGAAGAUUUUAUUAUCGAAUGUCUGGGUGUGCUGUCUAAUUUAAAUCUUCCAGAUCUGGAUUGGGCUGAAAUAUUCAAACAUUUUGAUAUGAUUACUUGGUUUAAAAAUGUUGUAAAACGUAAUAACGUUGAACCAGAUUUCGUACUAGAAAUUAUAGUUCUUUUGGGCACUGCUGCUUAUGAUGAAAGUUGUGCCCAACUCAUAUGCAAUUCUGACUUACUGCAGUUACUAAUAGAGUUGUUGAAGUUUCAUCAAGAAGAUGAUGAAAUUGUCUUGCAAAUAAUUUACGUAUUUUUAGUAAUACUAGCGCAUGAAUCUACUGUUCAGUACGUUAUUAAUAAAACAGAAGCUCCAGCCUACCUCAUUGAUCUGCUUCAAGACAAUAACAAAAAUAUUCGAAAAGUAUGUAAUACAUGUUUGAAUAUGAUAAUGGAUAAUAGCACUUCAUGGGCAGAAAGAAUUCGGAUUGAACGCUUCAGACAUCAUAACGAGCAAUGGUUGCAGAUGGUGGAUAAUCACCAAUUUGAUGAGGAAGAGGAGCAAGAAAAAGAAAUAGAACCUGUAUUUAUGAACACUGGUUACAUUAGUUCGAAUAUUGUAACUUCUCUUGCUGAUUUAGAUGCAAUGCCGAAGACUCCUAAAAAAUCUGAAGUUUUAUCCACUACGGAAAACGAUUAUUUUGAAAGACCUGAAACUUCACUUUUGCAAGAUUUCGAAAUUGAAUCGUUGGACGGCUCUAUUUAAAUAAUUUUUCUGUCUGGUUACUACACAAAGUACCUAUGCACAAGAUAUUAAUAAAAGAGUAGCUUUAUUAGCUUUAAUUAUUUAGUGCUUUGGUAUAAUAUUAAAUAUUGCAUUUCUAUCUAGUCAGUAAUCACAUAGUGUAUUAUUUUGCUGUAGCUAUUAAGAACAAGUAUUUAAAUUAUGCA